AUGCCUCUUAAAAGAACGCCGCCGCCACAAGCGCACACUAACGUUGAUAUUGUGGUUCAUCCGGAUGGUGUUUCAACUGCGUCAUCAACAGUUGUGAUUGCACCUCCUCGUAAGUCUGACAUGCUAAUUCAUAUGGACACCGUCUUAAAUAAAUCUGCCUCUGACUCAGACCUGUCACGAACUAACCCCACAACAACUGUUUCGCAACGAAAUAAACGAGGUAGAGAACAGAUAGAAGAUUCAAUCUCAAAUCAAAUGGAUGACUUUAAGGAGGAAAUGCGGAAGUUAUUUAAACUUUUCUCGGCUUCACAAACAAAAGAGUUGAAGCAGCUUAACACUGCACUUAAAGAGAUACAAAAUAGCAACAAUAACAUUGAAAGUUCAGUCGCUUACCUUGCUGCGCAAAAUGAAGAGUUUAAGCAGAGAAUAGUCGAACUUGAAACACAGGCAAAACAGGACAGGAACUAUAUUACAAUGUUGGAAAGCAAACUAGAGGAAAUUCAAAUAGCCAGUCGUAAAUCCAGCUUUGAAAUUAAAAAUGUUCCAAAAAUGCCGAAAGAGAAUAAAGAAGAGUUGAUUGAGAUGAUGAUUAACCUCUCUAAGUCGGUGGACUGCAGUUUUUCUAAGUCAGAUAUCAAUGACAUAUAUAGAGUGAGGUCAAAGUCUGACAACAAAAACCCUCCCAUCGUAGUGGAAACCAAAUCAACGUUACUUAAGGUAGAGUUGUUAAAAUUGGCAAAGCUUUUCAAUACGAAACAUAAAAGUAAACUAUGUGGGAAACAUCUUGGAUAUAAAACACAAGAAGACAUCCCUAUAUUCCUAUCUGAGUACCUAACCCCAAAAAGUGCACGUUUAUAUUUCUUAGCACGUGAUCUGGCAAAGUCGAAGAAUUUUAAAUUCUGUUGAACUGCUUAUGGUAGGGUUUAUGUUAGAGAGAAUGAACAUUCUCCAAUCAUUAUCAUAAGAAAUGAAAAUCAAAUUCAUCAGCUUUUUAACGGCCCACGCCAUGAACCGAAUGUAAUGUGACUAGAGGAAAUCAAUUCCGCAAUAAUGAUAAUAUUUUGGCAUAAUUGUAACACUAAAACAUACAUUUCUUUAUUACUUUACAUAAUCCAACCUCAGAUUAACACUCACAAAUUCAACUUUCUACGAAACACACAACUCGUUUUCCGCCUAUAUCUAAAUAAAAAUUACAUAAUUGUAAUAAGUGUGCCUGAGCUGACGUAUAUUUGCCCGAAUGUUCCAAAUGGUUGAUUCACUUCAAAACUUGAACAUGAUAGACGGCAUUGAGAUUGCU